CAAAAAUUAUCUCAAACAAAAACUAAAAAAAAGCAUUUUUCCGCAUUUUAAACUAAUUUUAAGCGCAUGAAAUGAAGUAAAGUCCUUGCCCGAAGCUCAAAACAAUGGCACACCACAAAACGAAACCAGUAAACGUCUCCAGCUUGGCUUCGUGCGACAACAUCAGUCUCUUGCUGGAAUUCAACCCAAAUUUCGAGAUAAUUCAUCAGGUGCAUCAAUGGAAACGCAUGAUGGAGAUGGAUGCCUUUGUGGGCGCUCGUCGGAGCAAACACACGUGCGUCAGUUGGAUGGAUGGCGUUUACGUGUUCGGCGGCGACAACGGGAAAAGUAUGUUGAAUGACUUGAUCCGGUUCGAUUGCAAGGACAAGUCUUGGAGUAAAAUUCGAUUUUCGUCGGGAUCGCCGCCGGCGCCACGUUAUCAUCAUUCCGCGGUCAUUUAUAACCAAAGUAUGUUCGUUUUUGGCGGAUAUACGGGCGAAUUGCAAAGUAACAGCAAUUUGACGAACAAAAAUGACCUUUUUGAGUACAAAUUUCACAAUGGACAGUGGUUGGAAUGGAGAUUUGUCGGAAAAACGCCCGUUGCGAGAUCAGCUCAUGGCGCUGCCGUGUACAAAGACAAAUUAUGGAUCUAUGCCGGGUAUGACGGGAAUGCCCGAUUGAAUGAUAUGUGGACUAUUGCACUCAACGACAACAGUAACAUCCAUCAAUGGCAGGAAGUUGAGCAGCUGGGCGAUCGCCCGCCGACUUGUUGCAAUUUUCCCGUCGCUGUCGUCGAGUCACGUGGUUGCAUGUACGUUUUUUCGGGCCAAUCAGGUCUUUUGAUCACCAACACGUUGUUCGAAUUCAAUUUUGAGACAAAUACAUGGCGUCGCAUAACCAACGAGAUUCUUCGGGGAAGUGAACCGCCUCCGUCGCGACGUUUUGGACACACAAUGGUGCAUCACGAUCGCUUUUUGUACGUUUUUGGCGGCGCAGCUGACUCAACGUUGCCCAACGACUUGCAUUGUUACGAUCUCGAUUCGCAAGUUUGGAGUUUGGUUCAAAUUGCGCCCGAUUCUCAGGUCCCGAGCGGAAGACUUUUUCACGCAGCGGCAGUUGUUGGGGAUGCAAUGUACAUUUUUGGCGGAACAAUCGAUAAAAAUCUCCGUUCGGGCGAUAUGUUCAGGUUUCAGUUCUCGAGUUAUCCGAAAUGCACGUUGCACGAUGAUUUUGGGAAGCUGCUUGAGAGUAAGACGUUCUGUGAUGUCACUUUUAUUGUGGGCACGGAAGAAACUCGCAUUCCGGGACAUCAGGCGAUAAUUGCGGCAAGGUCGCAGUAUUUGAGAGAUAAGAUAUUGGCAGCGAGGAUUGAGAGGAAUGAGCAUUUUGAGAAGAUUUUUGGAACGGUUGAGGUUCCUUUUAGUGAACGCCCAAUGUUGGAAGUAAAAAUGCCGAAUGUCGGCGCAGCAGCUUUCGAUAUGGUCUUGCACUACAUCUACACGGAUCGCAUUGAGUUCAGCAAGGAGCCCAUCAGCAAAAAAGUCGUAAUUCUCAUGAUGGAUGUCUACACACUCGCCGUUCAAUUCUUAAUUCCGCGCCUCGAACAACUCUGCGUUCAAUACUUGGAAUAUCGCAUUUCCAAAGAAAACGUCUUGGAUGCCCUUCUGAAUGCGGAUCGCAUGGAUUUGGACAUCAUCAAGGACUACUGCCUGAGUUACAUCGUCAAGGAGGAUCAGUAUUACGAGAUUGUGAUGUCGCCGGAUUUUGUGACGCUCGAAAAGCCGCUAAUUGUCGAAAUUGUGCGAAAACGCUUGAAUCCGGGCAAGAAUCUUUCGCACAAUUUCCAUUAUGACAAGACAAUUGGAACGACACUCGAAACGGAUAUGGCGGCAUUUUUGAGUUCGGGCGGCAAGGAUUUUUGUGACAUUAAUUUGGCGUUGAAUGGACAAAUGAUUCCGGCGCACAAAAGUAUCCUUGCGGCUCGUUGCACGUAUUUUCAUGCGUAUUUUCGGUCUUUUAUGCCGGAAGACAAUACGGUUAAUAUUCAGAUUGGCGACACGGUGCCGAGUAUCGAGGCUUUUAAUUCGUUGUUGCGGUACAUUUAUCAUGGAGACACGACAAAAAUGCCGGCGGAAGAGUCGUUGUAUCUCUUUCAGGCUCCGUGUUUUUAUGGAUUUACGAAUAAUCGGUUGCAGGCUUUUUGUAAGCAUAAUUUGGAGAAUAAUAUUACGUACGACAAUGUUUUGCAGAUUUUGGAAGCAAGUGAUCGCAUGAAUGUUCCGGAUAUUAAGAAUUAUGCCCUCAAAAUGAUCGUCCAUGACUUUUCGCAAGUAGCUCGUCUCCCGCGAAUGCGUUUGCUGAACCGAGAUCUCCUCUUGGACAUCAUCACGGAGAUGGCAGUUGCUCUCGACAAAAUUCGCAGCACAAAACACGAUCUAUCAACGAUUAGUAUUCACAGUGAUAUUUAGAGUAAAAUCAUUUUAGAAGUUGUGCGCGCCACAAUUUUACGCAGAAUUUUAAGCGUUUGAUGCACAAAACGCGAUUUUAUCUUUUAUCUCAUGGACUGGCUGACAUGAGUCUAACCUAACUUUUAAUCAAAUUUUAUUGAAUUAUCUUUUUAAGGACAAGACACAAAAAAAUAUUGAAACAAAAAUAUA